UGUAAGAUGAUGAACUGAUUUUUUUCAAGACAAAUCAAAGAGUCAUUACCCAGUAGGAUGUGUUUACCUGGACUAUAAUUUAAAAAUGAGACGAAAAAUCGAAGAGUGAUUUAUUGGCGUUUCCAAGUCUUUUGGUGCAACAGAAACAUAAUUUUACUUUACUUUUUAGUUGAUUAACAUGUAAGUUGAAGAUAAUGUUCAAGUAAAGGGCAAAAUUGUCAUUCAACUUUUGAAGGGUAUUUUAGUAAUUCUAUUUUAACUUAAUGGCUUUCUACAUACAUUAUAAUAUGAUGACGAUAUGAUGAUUUUGCAGCAGAACAACUAUAUAAUAUGAGUUUCCUUGCCAUACACCCAAAGCUGAUUUUCCUUGUUAGGCUUUAGCAUAUUCUUAUACAAUGUCUCAUGCUUCUUCUUCCAAAAUUUCUAAGUACGAUGUGUUUUUGAGUUUCAGAGGUAAAAAUACACGUAGAACCUUUGUGAGUCAUCUCUAUAAUGCUCUAGACCAGAGAGGAAUCCACACUUUCAAAGACGAUGAGCGGCUGGAAACAGGAAAACCAAUUUCUGGUGAACUUUUGAAUGCCAUAGAAGAGGCCAGAUUCGUGGUCGUGAUAUUUUCAAGAAGCUAUGCAUCCUCAAUAUGGUGCUUGGAGGAGCUUGCACACAUCAUAAAGUGCAAAAAUGAAUUGGAGAAGAUUGUUAUUCCAGUCUUCUAUGAUGUUAGUCCAUCAGAUGUACGCCAUCAAAAAACCCCUUUUGCUAAGUCAUUUUCCAAACACGAGGAAAAGUACGUAGAUGAUAUGGAGAAGGUUGAGAGAUGGAGGAAUGCAUUUGCGGUGGCUGGGAAACUAAAAGGGCACCAUUUACAAAAUUACAAGGAUGAGGGAGAAUGCAUCAAGAAGGUGGUUGACGAGAUAUCAUCCAAGUCCCUUCAUGUUAUUUCACCCUUUUCAGACGGUUUAGUGGGUAUACAAUCUCAAAUUGAGAAAGUAAUCUCACUAUUAGAUAUUGAAUCAAAUGUUCAUGUUGUUUCAGUUGGAGUAUGGGGGAUGAGUGGUAUCGGUAAAACAGAAAUUGCAAGUGCAAUAUAUGGGGAAUAUUUCCAUAAAUUUGAUGCUGGUUGUUUUCUUGAUGUUGGGGCGAUGUACCAGAAAAAGGGAAUAACAUGGUUACAACAAGCUCUCAUUCGUGAGCUCUUGGGUAUAAAGAAGACUAUAACUAGUGAACAUGUAGGUGCCACAUUUAUAAGCAAUAGGCUUCGCCAGAAGAAAGUUUUGAUCAUUCUUGAUGACGUAAACCAACGAAAACAGUUGGAAUUUUUAGUUGGAGGGCCAGAGUGGUUUGGUAGGGGUAGCAGAAUUAUUUUAACAGCAAGAGAUAAGCACCUGUUAAUCAGUCACGCUGGGGAUAACGUGUAUGAAGUCCAACUAUUAUCCGACGAUGAAGCACUUGAAUUGUUCAGUAGGCAUGCUUUUAGAGAAAAAUCACCAAAAAAAGAUUUUAUGGAUCUUUCAAGGCAAGUGGUGGAGUAUGCUGGUGGACUCCCCUUAGCUCUUAAAGUUUUAGGUUCUUCAUUUUAUGGACGAGACAAAAAGCACUGGAGACACAUAAUUGAUCGGCUGAAGAGAAUCCCUCACAAUGAUAUUCUAGGAAAGCUUAGGCUUAGUUUUGAAGGGCUGGACAAAGAUGAGAAGGAAAUAUUUCUAGAUAUUGCAUUUAUGGAUAUUGCAUGCUUCGGUGGUUACAAUUUUGGUCUUUAUGUUGAACUAGUACUGAGAGACGUGAGUCGUGGUUUUCAACUGAUAAUGGAUCAUCUUAUUGAAAAAUCUCUGUUAGUGACCGGCAUAAAUAAUAGAAUUGUGAUGCAUAAUAUAAUAAGAGAAAUGGCUCAAAAUGUCAUACUGGAAGAGUACGCUUACAGCAGAAUAUGGCUUCCUGAGGAGGUCCGUGGCCUUUUAAGAGGGAAGUUGAUGACAGAAAAGGUGAAAAGCCUAUGUAUUCCAAAAGAUUAUGAUUUUGAAGAUGAACUUGUCAAUUGUAGCAAAAUCUUCAUGGGGAUGCAAAGCUUACAAGUACUCAUAAUUGGUUUAGGAACUUUUAGCUCGGCCUGCGCUAUCACUUAUCUUCCUUCCAGCUUGCAGUUUAUUGAGUGGGGUGGGUAUCCUUCAAUUUCAUUGCCAGAAAGCUUUGAACCAUCACAGCUCGUUGUACUUCGGUUUUAUAGAAGUUGUCUUGUCGAACUUUGGCCAAUAUCAAAGAAUUUGAGCAACUUGAAGCAUCUGGACCUCGGGGACAGCCUUGGGUUAACAAAAACCCCUAAUUUUGGUGAUAUACCAAACUUGGGGAUGUUAGUUUUGGAGGGAUGUGAGAAUUUGCAAGAGGUCCAUCCCUCUCUUGGACAUUGCAGAAUGCUUACUUAUUUGAAUUUGUAUGGUUGUGUCAAACUUGAGAAGCUUCCAAAAUUUGUUACCAUGGAAUCUCUUGAGACUCUCGACCUUUUAAAAUGCACAAAUUUAAAAAGAUUUCCGGAAAUCUGUGGAGAUAUGCGGCGCUUAUCAAAACUCUAUGUAGGAUCCCCCAAGAUAAGAAGCUUGCCCACGUCUCUCAGCGGCCUUAGAGAUUUAAUGUUAAGAGAUUGUGGAGUUCUUAGAAGUAUUCCAGACGCUACAGAAAAUCUUGAAUAUCUCUAUAUUAAAGGUUGCAAAACACUUGCAACGUUGCCAAACAGCCUCUUUGAAUCACAACAAUUGGAAUAUCUUCAUAUAUGCCUAUGUUCUGGAUUGGUAGAGCUCCCCAUAUCUCUUGGAAUUCAAAAGAAGCUUCGUCGGUUAGAAUUAAUAAAAUGUUUGAACUUAAAGAAGAUUCCAAGCUCUAUUCAGAUGGAAUCCCUACAACUGCUCAAGAUAUCUAAUUGUCCAAAAUUAGGUACAUUUCCGGAAAUUAACGGAGAUAUGCAUUGCUUGAAAAAACUGACUAUGGAGUCUACCCGGAUAAGAGAACUGCCUUUGUCUAUUGGGAAUCUGAGCGGUCUCACUAAGAUCAUUCUGGAGGGUUGUGAAUAUCUUGUGAGUCUACCAAACAGCCUCUGUAAUUUGAUGAAUCUUCAACGUCUUUUCCUCCGCAGGUGCAAAAAGCUAGAGAAUCUUCCAGAAAACAUUGGUGAUCUGCAUGAGUUAAAGGAACUUGAUGCGAGAGAAACUGCAAUCUACCAACUACCUCCCUCCAUCACGAAGCUUGGCAAACUGAGGGAUUUACGAUUCUCACAUGUUUUACAACAUGUGCAGCAUUCCUCAACUUUUGUUUUCCAUCAACUAUCAGCUUUAUCCUUCUUGAAUCAUGUUCAUCUUGGUAAUCUCAAUAUUUUGGGUGGACUUCCUGAGGAUUUAGGAUCGUUGCAAUCCUUAAAACGUUUGGAUGUUAGUAGAAGUAAUAUUUCUUGUUUACCCAAAAGCAUCAAAGAACUCUUACACCUUCAGCAUCUGAACGUACAAUUCUGUCAGGAUCUUAAUGAACUACCAGAAGAGCUACCCCCACACUUACUGAUUCUAGAUGCAGAUUAUCAUUUAGCUUUGAAGAGCAUCAGACAUCUCGUAACUGAGUGUCGCAAGAUGCGUAAGCUCAUAAUAUCAUGGUGUGGGCAUGAAAAAUCCGAAUGCCAAAAUGUCUCAAGUGAACAAGUUAAUGUGCAGAAGUUUCUGAGACAUUUUCUGAGAACUUGCAUCCAGUGUGACUUCCACCAAAGGGCUUCUUUUCUCAUUUCUUUUCCCAAAUUGAGAAUUCCGAAAUUGUUCGAUUAUCAGUUCAUAAAUCAAAAGGCGAUCUCAAUUGAUCUGAACCCGUCUUGGUAUACUGAUAAAUUCAUGGGUUUUUCAAUGUGUUACGGUCCUAGUGAAGGGAAUGUGAGUUUAGUAGUUACAUUGGCCUGCAAAUCUGACCCUGAAAGAAAACAUUCCUUGAACUAUGACAUCCAUGAAUACUGGUUCGAGUCUCCUAUCAUGUGUUGCAUCUACAUACCAUUUGAAUCAUUGUGGCAUGCUUUUGGCAAUAAAGAAGGGAAGAACCCAAAUGAUUAUUACCUUUUUGAGGUAUCUGGAGUGUACAAGGAGGAAGCUUGUUGGGGAAUUCGCCUGGAGUACGAGAAUAAAUGUAGGAGAUGGAGAAGGAAACUACGAGCAGCGCAAAGUCGCGAACUUUUCCCAGUUCUGCAAAAAAACACUGAAAGUGGCUUUUCUAUGGUACUUGAACCAUCUCUCCCUUCCAGUUCACGGGCGUCUGCUGAGCAUAACAUUGCCACAGAUAGGGGACUAUAUAAAGGGUAUGAGAAAAAAGCUCUAGAGGUGGAUCAAGCAGCAAUGGCAGUUCAAAAGGAACAUACAUCUCAGAAUGUUGAGCUGAUUUGUGUUUGUGGCAGCCCGUCAAGGAAUAUGGACAAUGUUUCAAGAAAGAGAAAGAGGAAAAGAAACAGAAAGAAAAAGAGAAAGAUGGCAAGGACAGAUGGGACUAGCUGCUCUCAUUGCACCAACUAGCUUGCAUGACUUUGAUGGAUCAUGAGAAAACUCUUACAGUCUUACUUUCCUUAAAAAAAAAGGGUCACCUAAAGGAGAAAAUCGGGGUUAGCCUAGAUUAUAUCUUGAGAAUUUCCGUGUUAUGUAUAUUUUUGCGCUUAAUUUUAUGUUCCUUGGUUGUAGGAAGCAUCUGUCGGAUUGGAUUUUCAUUAUUA